AUGCCCAAAGUAAAGCAGAAUUUGGAUAAAUUGAAGCAUCCAAACAGUAGAAAGACGAUAUCGCUAGCUAAAAAAAUGUUGAAAAAUGAAAAGAAAAAUCAUAACAAACUUGGAACACAUAUAAAAAAUAAUUUAAUUGGCGAAAAAAUUAUGUGGUUUAAGGAAAGAAUACCAGAAGACUGCUCUUGUUUGAGUAAAGAACAAACCUUAUCCUUAAUAGAGACGUAUUUAACAAGAUUCGAUGAAGAACUAGAACAAAUAGUGCUUAAGAAUUCAGUAGGGCAGAGAAAAAGUCGUCAGCAUGCUAGCAGAGAAGAUAUUAUAAAUAUAACAAAACAACGAGAAAUUGAAGAAUUUAGUACAUGCGGAAUAGAAAUGCCCGAUUUAAUGGAUCGACAACAAAUUGAGGUUUUAAAAAACUGGAAUGGUGAAUUGCGAUAUUUGCAGCACUUCAAAUUAAAAAGAAUUUCCAGAAAACAUUUGGCAUAA